UCGAUUACUUUUAUUCUGACACGGUUCCGUGAACCGGAAGUAGUUUUUGCCCUCUGUUAAUUCAAUGCUGGUACGAAUCGAACUUGCUACUUCAUCCAAAAUAAACAUACAUUCUCUUUUUAUUUAACUUUUUACAGACAUGACAAGUGCUCAAUGAGGUCUCACGUCAGCGAUGGCUGUAGUGUCGUGGAAGGAGAUUUGUCUUCUCACUGGUCUGGUGGUGGGAUGUUACUGGAACAGUCUGUUCUGUGGUUUCGUGUUCGAUGAUGUCUCCGCUAUCUUGGAUAACAAAGACCUUCGUCCCACAACACCUGUGAAGAACCUUUUCCUCAAUGACUUUUGGGGUACACCCAUGUCAGAGGAGAGGAGCCAUAAGUCGUACCGACCGCUCACUGUCCUUACCUUCCGCCUGAAUUACCUGUUCAGUGAACUGAGCUCCCCAUCCUAUCAUCUUCUGAAUGUGGGUCUUCACGCCGUGGUGUGUGUCUUCUUCCUUCACUUCUGUCGCUUGCUCUUGGACCGAAACACCAGCCUUGUAGCAGCUCUUCUGUUUGCCGUCCACCCCAUCCACACAGAGGCUGUGACGGGUGUCGUCGGCAGGGCCGAGUUGCUGUCCUCCAUCUUCUUAUUGGCAGCUUUCCUGGCGUACACCAAAUCAAAAGGUGCCGACCGCUCCAUCGUGUGGACUCCCAUUAUUCUAACCGUGAUCCUGGUUGCCGUCGCCACGCUAUGCAAGGAGCAAGGGAUUACUGUCAUUGGGAUAUGCUGUAUUUACGAGGUGUUUGUUGCCCAAGGGUUCACUCUGCCCAUGUUGAUUGACACACUUCUUCAGGUGUUAAGAGGAAAAGACGGUUUUCCCUACGCUGUCCUCCAGACCCUGCUGAAGCUCAUUGUCCUCAUCAUUAGCACACUUCUGCUGGUUAUCAUCAGGGUACAGGUCAUUCAGUCUCAGCUGCCAGUGUUUACCAGGUUUGAUAACCCAGCUGCCGUCAGCUCCACCCCGACCAGGCAGAUGACAUUCAACUACCUCCUACCAGUAAACGCCUGGCUGCUGCUUAACCCCUCCGAAUUAUGCUGUGAUUGGACGAUGGGCACUAUCCCCCUCGUGGAGUCCCUGUUGGACCCUCGAAACCUGGCAACGGUGGUAUUUUACGCCCUGUUGAGCCUUCUGGCCUAUCACAGCCUGUGGUACACCCACAGUUCUGCCAAGAUUGUCAUUAUGGCCCUGUCUCUUAUCGCCCUUCCAUUCAUCCCAGCAUCCAACCUGUUUUUCCCUGUGGGCUUUGUUGUGGCCGAAAGGGUUCUUUAUGUGCCGAGCAUGGGGUUCUGUCUGCUGGUGGCCCAUGGAUUUAAAAUUUUGUCCCAAAAAGGCAGGGGCCUGAAAAAAAUGUCUUGGUUGCUCGUGGGAGUUCUUUUAACAACACACGCCGUGAAGACCUUUAACAGAAACUGGGAUUGGGAGUCUGAAUAUACGCUUUUUACAUCUGCACUAAAAGUGAAUAAAAACAACGCCAAACUCUGGAAUAACGUCGGACACGCACUGGAGAAUCAGAACAAUUAUGACCGAGCUUUGAGAUACUUUCUUCAGGCCACGAGAGUACAACCAGAUGACAUCGGUGCCCACAUGAACGUCGGGAGAACCUACAAGAAUCUAAACAGAUCCAAGGAAGCAGAAGAGGCGUAUCUGAUUGCGAAAUCACUCAUGCCACAGAUCAUUCCAGGCAAGAAGUAUGCAACACGAGUGGCUCCCAAUCAUUUGAACGUCUACAUUAACCUGGCAAACCUGAUUCGGACCAACGAUUCACGUCUGGAGGAAGCGGACCAGCUCUAUAGGCAAGCUAUCAGCAUGAGACCCGACUUCAAGCAAGCCUACAUAAGUCGAGGGGAGCUGCUGCUGAAAAUGAACAAGCCAAGUGAAGCGAAGGACGCCUACCUACGAGCACUUGAGUUGGACCAUAACAACGCGGACCUCUGGUACAACCUGGCCAUAGUUAAUAUCGAGAUGAAAGAUCCCUCAGAAGCUCUGAGAAACUUUAACCGGGCCCUGGAUCUGAAUCCAUACCACAAGCUGGCUUUAUUCAACUCGGCACUUCUCAUGCAAGAGUCAGGUGAAGCUAAACUUCGUCCGGAGGCCAACCGUCGCUUUCUCACCUACGUGAAAGAGGAGCCUGACGAUGCUAACGGCUACUUCAACCUGGGCAUGCUAGCAAUGGACGCUAACGAAAACGAAGCAGCCGAGCGCUGGAUGCGAGAGGCCAUUCGACUGCAGCCCGGCUUCCGCAGCGCUUUGUUUAACCUGGCGCUGCUCUAUUCCCAGUCGCAGCGCGAACUGGACGCCCUCCCGGUGCUGGACGAACUGCUACGCUUCCACCCCGAGCACGUCAAAGGCCUGAUUCUCAAAGGCGACAUCCUUAUGAACCACCGCAAGGACACGCGUGGCGCCAGAGCUUGUUUCGAACGCAUCUUGAACAUGGACCCCAGCAACGUGCAGGCCAAGCACAACCUUUGCGUGGUGUACUUUGAAGAACGAGAACUCCAGCAUGCCGAGCGCUGUCUGAUGGAGACGCUUGCCAUGGCGCCGCACGAACAGUACAUCCAACGUCACCUCGCCAUCGUACGGAACAAAAUGGCCGCCAUGAGCGCGGCAGGAGAGCCGAUCGUGCCGACAGAGGGAGGCCGUGGGUCUCGUGAAGACAAAAAGCAUGCGGAGGAAGGACAGGGAGUUGCCUCGGGAGCAGGGGAGGGGGCCAGGAAGGAGAAGAAUUUGAGGAAAUCCUCCCCCGCAGAAAGCAUUGACGACCAGGGCCACGGUCAAUCAAAGAAGCUGGAUGUGGGCCAGCCUGACAAGCGGACUAAGAGCAAAUCCACAAAAGAGAUUAAAGACAUAGAAGAGAAAAGGGCCGCUGCCUUGAAGAGACUAGAGGAGAUUGAACGCAUAUUAAGCACUGAUUAACCUUGUUUAUCAACCACCGUGCUAUUUUUAUAUAACUAUUUGAAGCGCGAAUGAGACUUCUCCAGUUUUCAGAUCGAGCUCUUGUUUAUGCAUGUUCAUUGCGUUUUUGUUAUUACCUUUCACUGUAGGGUACAUCUCAUUUUUCAUGGCUUUAGUUAGGUAAAGCUGUGGAUCUGAAAAGGAAAACCAGCUUAACGAAGCACAAUACUAGGUACGCUUCUUGUAAACGCCUACAGAAAAUAUGAUGGAUGCACAACAUCUGCAUCUUAUUGUAAUCAUGUCGUUUAUUUAUGAUUGUCUAUGUAUUGAAUCACUGGAUUAGUUUUAGCCACUUUGAUAUGAUAUGUUACCACUAACAAAUUAUGAAAUGCAUAUUACCCAUGAUCACACAUGACUACAGCAUCAAAGCCAGCCUGUUUUUUUUUUUAAACAGGGUGGUCCGUCACAGGGCUGUUGGGUUUUAAUACAGCAUGUCCCUUCUGCUCGCCUGAUUUCCGUUUGCAUGACAUCACCACACUUCCUCGCAUUAUUAUUCACGUGUCAUAUACGGUGUUAUUUCGAUACAAACUGGUGUCAGUGUUUAAUUCUAUCCUCUGACAUCAUCUUAAUGUAGAUCGUGGUCACCUUCCUCUACUUGUCGGUGUAGCUUCUGUUGUUUCAUUGUAUGAUUAUUAACUUCAGGCUCUCCCAUAUGGUUUUUAUAGCGCUGGUGCUCUCAUCUGAUUUCACAGUUUGGUCAUGCAGAAACAGACUCUUGCUUUCAUUUGGGCAGCAGGGUCUUUUCUUUCAAUGGUUUACUGUUUCCCUUUACACAAGAUCAAACAGUAUUUUAUAAUGAAGCAUCAAACGUCGUUUCAAACCAUAAUUGAAUGUGAAGAACACCGUGUAGCUUAACAGUUUAAGCAUUUGCAUUGGUUUUUAAGGCGGUAUUACUAACGUGUUGUUUUUAAUAUCCGAAUGCGCUGCAGAAGAACGGCGAAUAGCCUUGUUGGGUGUAUUCCUAUCUUUCCUGUUAAGUAAAAACGCCCAGGCACUCCAGCAGGAAUGCCUGAAGCACAGCGGCAAACAAUGUCGCUGUUUUACCGUUUACUUUUGAAGGCUGGCCCUGAAAUCUCUUCCCCCGUGACCUCUCUGAAGAUCUUCACAGGAGAACGAGGUUACCUGAGAGCACGCCGAUCCCUCAAAGCCUUUAGGGGAAGUGCAUUUAAAACAUUAUUAACACUAAUGCAUACUUUCUCUACAGAUAAUAAAGCCACUUGAAGUAUUAA